AUGACCCCAUUCCACACCAGCUCCCGCGAACCCCGUCUCGAGCACCGCGGAAACAAGACCUUCCUCGUCUGCGAAGCCCGCCGCAAAGACAACACCUGGACCCGCGCCGAACUCGACCUCGACACCAUCCUCGGCAACAGCGACGGCAAAUUCGACACCACCGGCAAAGGCAGCAACUUCACCCAGAGCGCACAAAACAUCCGCCUCGAGCGCGGCCACGAUGGCCGCCCCGUGCUCCACGCCUCGCUGGCCAACUGCGCCGGCGAGUGGAAGGAUGCGGUGACGCAUCCGGCAGAAUGGAUCAUGAAUGUUGAUGGAAGGCUGCGGUUUGGGCGCCAGAGGGACCUGAGGGCGUUUGAGGUUAUUGCGGAUGACCGCACGUUCUUCAUGUGUCAGAGUCAGCGCCCAGACGGGUCGUGGGGUGAGGCGAAGAUGGAUCUGGAUAGGGUUAUUGGGAAUGAUGAUGGGAAGUUUGAUAUCUCGGGUGGAGGGACGGCAUUUACGCAGUCGGCGCGGAACAUAAAGAUGAAGUAUGGCGGCGCGGGAGGGGACCACCCGAUGCUGGUGGCGGAGCUGAAGGAUGUGAAGGGUGAGUGGAGGGCCGGGGAGGUGGACCUGCUGGAGGUGCUGAAGAACGUUAAUGGGACUCUGGAGUUCCAUGGGAGGAACCAGCAUGGGCCGCAGUGA